AAGUUUGCUCGGGAUCCUUGUCCAGAUCGCAUCCUCGACGAUCUCGGCGGCGCCUUCGCCAUGGGCGCCGUGGGCGGCUCCAUCUUCCACUUUGCCAAGGGCACCUACAACUCGCCCAACGGCGCGCGGCUCGCCGGCGGCAUGCAGGCCCUGCGCAUGAACGCGCCGCGGAUCGGCGGGGCCUUCGCCGUCUGGGGCGGCCUCUUCUCCGUCUUCAACUGCACGGCGGUCUUCGUGCGCCAGAAGGAGGACCCCUGGAACUCCGUCAUCGCCGGCGCCGCCACCCACGGCUCGCUCAACCUGCGCAGGGGACUCGGAGCCGCUGCUCGCUCCGCGGUGUUUGGCGGCUGUCUCCUCGCGCUCAUCGAGGGUGUCGGCAUCGUGCUCAAUAACGUCGUCGACGAGUCCGCACGGCCACAACCGCCAGUCGACGACCCCAACCUGGCCGAGAAAUUGGAGGAGGCGAGGAAGCACAAUGGAAAUCGGGGCGAGUUGGAGAGCCUUCAUACGGAUCCGAUACCAUCGUUCGCGUACAAGUGA